GAAGGAGGACGCGGUGCCGAAGUUGCUUCCGCCGCUCCUGCUGCCGAGCGAGCGAGGGGAGGCGAAGCAGCGCCUGCGAGGCGGGUCGCUAUGCCCAAAGUUACUUUUAAGGAGGCGAGGGCCGUCGGGGAGCAAUUUCUGCAGUUCCUGCAGGAUUCUGGCAAUCAGAAUGAGAGCAACAAGCAUGCCUUGAAGGCGCUCUACAACCAGGAGUUUCGGAACCGAGAUAAUAUAAAAAGACCCAACUUCUCCAGUGUGCUGUAUGUGCUGGUGAUGUCAAACCGUGCUAUAAUCUGCAAGGAUUACGUGCGAUUUGUUCAGGUGAAGAAAAAAGUAAAGCUUAUUGAUCAGUAUUGGAAACCAAAAAAUGAUGCUGGAGCUGGAGAUCACCCUACCCAAGAUAAAAGCACAUUCUCUAAUCCACUUCCUCUUGGAUCACGUGUUAAGGCCAGAUCAGAAUUUGUCUCCUCUAAGAACGGGGUAAAAAUUAUUUCAGAGUAUGAUAAGCCAAAUGGUAGGAUCCGAUUCAACAUUUCUCCAAAGCAGAGUUUGCUAAUUAAAAUUGAAGUGAAGAACUGUGGGACAAAUGAAGUGAUGCUGGAAAGAUACAUACUGAAUAAACGUUGUAAAUUCACCUUUGUGGUUCCUGAACUACCUUCGCCUGUGAAACUACUACCAGGGUCAGUCCAUUCAGUCUUAAUCACCUGUCAGGUACCGGACAAUGGCUUCUUCCAUGUUACCAUGCGGUUUGAUUUCACCAGUGAACAGACUGGGGAAUUCAUCAUUGGACGUUUUGUGGAUGCUGUUGCCAGUACCAAGUUAGAAAAACAGCUUGGUCCCUCAGAACCUUAUCAGCCAUAUCAAGUCAAACUGCACAAACCACAAUUGAUAACUAUAGAGGAUGGCUUUCCUCCAGACAACACUUUGGGCUUCGAAUUGGAGCAGAAACCUUUGGGUCACUACAAAUACCCAAAAGAUCUGAAGGAUCUGAUUCCAUGCCUGAAUAAAGAUUAUGCUCCUAAUGAUGGUACCGGUGACAAGAUUGACCAGCUACAGAGCAGUCUGAAAGCCACCUUGGAAUUUGACAAUUAUUCUGAGAAGUUUUGUCUGCUUCUUCACUUGGAAGAGAUCCAAAUGGAAGUGGACAUCCAUCGAUAUGAUAUGAAAAAAGCAAGCAUGUUUAUAGACAAGCACAAUAAGAAACUCCUUGUUCUGAAGGCACCUGGCGUGGCAGAGAACCGGCCUUCCGUGUUGAAAGGUGACCAUCUGUUUGUGAGCUCCGUUGAAGGGCACACAAAAUACCCAGUUACCCUCUAUAAAGGUUAUGUUCAUGCUGUGGAGUUGGCGGAAAUCAAGCUCGGGUUUUCUGAAAAACUACGAGAUCAGUUUAUCGAUAACAUGAAGUUUGAUGUGACAUUUUCCUUCAGUCGUCUGCCAUUACGCAUUCAGCAUCGGGCUGCUAUUCUCGCUCAGGAGAGGAAAUUGUCCCAUCUGCUCUUCCCAUUCUUCUCUCAUGAGAAACUCCUCCUGUCUCCUAGUGAGAAACUCCGCCUAUAUGAUUCCAGCUUGGAGAAGAAUGAGGAGCAGAAGAGAGCUGUCUAUCAGGUGGUAUCAGGGAUUUCCAGACCAGCCCCAUAUCUUAUAUUUGGGCCUCCAGGUACUGGCAAGACGGUCACUAUGGUGGAGGCCAUCAAGCAGGUGCUGCACUGCAUUAAGGGUGCCCAUGUGCUUGCCUGUGCUCCUUCCAACAGUGCCUCAGACCUGCUCUGCCAGCUCCUCAUGAAACAUUUGGAUAAUAGGAGCAUCUACAGGAUGAAUGCUAGCAGCAGGGAUUACCGUACAGUCCCUGAGGAGAUCAAGCCUGUCUGUAAUUGGGACAAGGCAAAGAAUUGCCCUACAUUUCCAAGCAAGGCAAAACUGCAAAACUACCAGGUCAUCAUCACCACCCUGCUGACAGCUGGAAGGUUGGUUUCAGCUGAUUUCCCUCAGGGACAUUUUUCUCAUGUCUUCAUUGAUGAGAGUGGCCAUGCUAUGGAACCAGAGAGCCUGAUUGCCGUUUCAGGUAUUCUUGCCAUGAUGGACCCAGAGACAAAUGUCAGUGGAGGUCAGCUAGUUUUGGCAGGGGAUCCUCAGCAACUGGGACCAAUUUUGAGGUCUCCUCUGGCUGUUAAACAUGGCUUGGGGCUUUCUUUGCUGGAGCGACUGAUGCGAUACAACCCAUUGUAUCAAAAGAUGAAUGGAAAGUACGACUCACGGUUUGUCACUAUGCUGCUGCGCAAUUACAGGUCUCAUGCUGCCAUCCUCGAAUUCCCCAAUCUUAAAUUCUAUGAUGGAGCGCUCAAGGAGUGUGCUGAACACUUAAUUACUCAUUCCUACUGCAAUUGGGAAGAACUGGUCACUAAGGAAUUUCCCAUCAUCUUCCAUGGGGUUUGUGGGGAAGACCAGCGAGAAGGGAAGAGCCCUUCAUUUUUUAAUACUGCUGAGAUUAGCGUGCUGAUUGGUUAUCUCAAAAAACUUCUGGAAAAUCAGGGCAAGGGAGGACAGCCCAAAAUUGCUCCCAAAGAGAUUGGUAUCAUCACCCCAUACAGAAAGCAGGUAGAGAAAAUAAGACAGGCCAUAAAUAUGGAAUUAAAAUCCCUGAUGAAUAUCAAGGAUCUAAAGGUGGGCUCUGUCGAGGAAUUCCAGGGUCAGGAGCGGCGUGUGGUGCUCAUUUCAACAGUACGCAGCAGCAGCAAUUACUUCGGAAUAGAUGAAGAGUUCAACCUUGGUUUCCUCAGUAAUCCCAAGCGCCUGAAUGUGUCCAUUACAAGAGCUAAGGCACUCUUGAUUAUUGUAGGCAACCCAGUUACACUAAGCAAGGAUCCAUACUGGAAUGAGUUUCUUGCACACUGCAGGGAGGGUUACCGAGGAUAUCAACACAGUGGAGUUGAGGAUGAGAUCCUGGUAUCAGAGUUCAGUUCUCUCAACUUAGAUGUUCAGCCUGUAGAUAACAGCCAACAAGAGAGUUACCUCCAGCAGCAAGUAGAGCCAGAAUGGAGAUAUGAGCAUUGAGAGUAGUGCUGUCCUAAACAUGAUCUUGGUGAACUCUGCAUUCUUGAACAUUUCUGCAGGAUUGACAGAGCAGACGACUAGCCAAAAUUUGUUUCAUCUCCAUACCUGCUAUUUCUCAGGAGUAAAUGUCAGGCUUCACAAACUUCCCUGCUUAAAAAACUAAUAAUGCAAUAGAAAUUCGCUGUGUAGUUACCAAUAAUUAUCUAAUUAAGCAUAUAUUCGUUUUACUUUGCAUUCUUGUAUGUGUGUGUGCAAAUGUUUGUAAUGCUGAGAACAAGUGCAUGUGUGCGCAUGUAGAGUGGGGUUGAGGAAUGGUAAUUGAAAGAAAGAUGUUUGAUAUUUCAAAGAGUAAUUAGAUUUCAGUAUCAAAAUAAUGGUAGAAAUUAUGAAGAACUUUGGGGAGGGGGGGGAAGGAUAUGGGAAAGAGGAGAAACAUGUCAAAACCUUGGUAUUUUCAAGAUUAUCAGAUUUUAUUACCUGCUGAGUUUUUGUACUAAAUUUAUUAAAGUUUACAAGAAUUAACUCUGUGCAUCAUGUUUCUGUGUUAAUUACAAAAUUCUCUUGCUUUAUCCUCCCCUUUUGGGUGGGUGGGUAGAAUAGCAGGGAGCAGGGUUUUUUAUCCCUUUCUGCAUAUAUCCUGUUCCAAUAUUGUACUGAAGGAAAAAAGAAAGUGUGGGUAGGUGGGGAAUCAGAGGCACAUUAUCUUAAAACAUCAUAUGCAACGUGCCUGAUGCUCAGCUCCUUUGAGGCCCCACCCUGAAUCAGUCAGAAGCACAACAUGGGAGAAAGCGGGUUUAUUUUUCUCCCUUAUUAUCAGGGUGCUGGAAUGGAGUUUGUAACUACCUCUGGUUAGCCAAGUUGAAUGUAGAAGAUUCAGAAAACUAUAACAGAUUAAAUGGGAGUGGAGGUACAGUUGCCCAUUUUCUAUUUCCUCCCCCAACCUGGCAUAAUGCAGAUGUGUUGAAGUAGAACAGAAAUUAUCCUCCCAACAUGGUACUGAGAGGACUGAGAAAUAAUCUUUUCUGACCACUUAGAUGUUGUUGACCCAAUUUCAUACAUUCUUGUGUUAUUCAGUGAUGGGACCUUUUCAAUCUUGAGAACAGCAUUAAGUAGAGAAUCAUUUAUGUACAAGGCUUGCUUUGAUUCAGAAGCAUGGAGUUUUUACCCCUAGUCUAGCCAAUACAAAAGCGAAAGUCAAGCGCUAAUCAUCUGCAGUGGCAUUGUCUCAAAGGAGCAAGAAUAUCCUUCAUUGCAUUAGGUCAUUUGUUAUUCCUGUAUGUUAAAAAGGUGGUGCUGUGCAUUGUACUGCUGGUGAUGGUUAUUCAGUAGGUCCUCAGAGAUCUGCAUGGUAAGGGAGCAGCUGGCACCAUGCGCCAACUGCAACAGCAGUGUUUGGUUCUUUGCCUGCCUGUGAGAUAAAGAGAAGAUGAAGAAUGCUGGUGUCUUAUGCUGCUCCUGGUGCAGCUGUGCUUGCAAAGACUUCAUAAUAAUAUAUCCAUUGCUUGGGCAUAUCCUGUGGCGCUUAAGAGCAAAUCAGUCUCUAAGAAAAACUAUCUUUUUGAUGCACCAAUCUGGUGCUAUAGCCAUUGGCUGGUCAGAUGCAUUUCCUUCCCUUGGAAUUUUUGAGGUUUUGGAGUGAUUAUUAAAAUUGACAUUACAUUUACCCAGUGAAAUAUGAACAAAACAACAUUAUUUUGCUCCUUCCACUUUGAAAAAAAAAAAAUCUACAACGUAUGUUCAGAAAGUUCCAGAUGGAAUGUGUCCUUAAACUUGAUACUGAAUGUUUCAUCCAGUUCAGGCUCACAUUCAAGUUAAUUUACCAUUCUAUUGUUUCAUGGUAUUUAAAAAUCCCCCAAAAGCAAUAAAAAGCAAAUGUACGUUUACCUAACUUUAAUGGAAAACACAGUUCAGCUUAUCAACAAAUGAAAACUCUUAUCUGGUCCCUUCCAUGCAUCUCUUGAGGGUCAAAACACAUUAUUCAAAGGUUACUCCUCUCAGUAUUAGAAGCAACAAUGACCUUUCCUUUCACCACUUACUACUCUAUAAUAGGUGAGAGAGCCAACUCUGCCCAACCCUAAUCCAGCUGGCAUGCAGGACUUCAAGGACAAAAAAAAGCCUGGGACAACAUAGCAAAGAGCAUUUCUGAUGACCACAGCAAGUUCUCAGAAAACUUUGAGCAAGAUGUAAUCUGUUUAUUUCAAUUUAUACGGCUGCCCAUCUCAAGUUCACGACUCUACACAACAGUGUGAAAAAAUAUAUAAAAGCAGAAAAACAACACGCACACAACCACAGCCAGGUUAAAAACAGACCCAACAGUCAAAAUUAACAUAGCCAAUGCAUGGGCUCAGCUCCACCUCCUGACCCCCAGGCCCAGUGAUACAACCGAGUCUUUAAGGCCCAAAAAACAGGGCCUUAACCAGGGUCGGGGCCAGUUGAAUCUCUGAGGGG